AUGGGUGCAUUCAUUUCAGUUACCAGCACAUAUGAUCCUGCCGUGGUUGCAGGUGCCAUAUUCAAUGGAGCCGGUGUUACUGUGCAACAGGCAUUCUGGAUACGUAUCGCCGAGGCUGAUUCCUCACCAGCGGGAACAUUUUCAGAUGGGCCGUACGGUAUUGGAAGCGGUGGUAUAUUGACAAAUGGCCUUGCAUCGAACGCAGCAGGUGCUCAAAGCCCAAAUACAUACAAUACCUUUCCAGGCUCUGGCCAAUACUGCGGAGCAGAAGGAUUUGAUGCCACUGUUCUUCAAGUUGAUAUCGACAUCGCUGAAGGAGGUCGACCAGAUCCUAUCGCAAUCUUCCUGGACGAUGUGUUAUGGAGCAUAGACGACAGCAACGAUCGGAUAACGGCAACUUCAAAGUACCUCAAUGAAGAGAUAGGUAUCAACGAAAAGGACAAGGAGGACUGGCCGUUUUCUCCUGAUUUCAAUCGCGCUACUCGUUAUGACGGUUCUUCACCUCCCUUGCUCGUUGGCAUCCCCGCAAUACCUGGCGUGCACACAAUGGUGUUUGCCGUAUGCGAUGCGUUCGAUGGACAAUGGGACUCUGCGCUCAUGGUCAAAGCUAAGGGUUGUAAAGACUGCAACCCUCAAGUACAAAUCAAUUACGUCUCAACUACCACUACUACUGGAUCGACAUCUUUUACAAGUACUACCAAAGCUAUCGGGACCGAGUCAGGGACCGUGUUGUUCGGUGUACCGGAAGAGACUACGACUACAAUAGAGGAUGUCACUACCACAACCACCGAUGCUUCCACAACAGGAGAACCUACCACUCCGGCCACCGAAAUUUCGACAACGGAUGUGUUCUCCACUACAACAAUAACAGAAAUUCAAGAGACCAGUACUGCGACAUCGGACACAGAUCCUACGGAUACCACUACCAUGACAUCUGAUCAAAGCUCAACGGUAACAUCUACAGUGGAUUCCACAUCUACAUCAAACACCGAAACAUCUGCCACGACAGAUAUUGGAGGUACCACUACGUCGUCUGGAACAACGGACAUAGCUUCGUCUUCAAUACAGAGCUUUGAUGAAUCAUCUACACUGGACACCUCCACUUGGACAACUAGCUCAUUCAUAGAGCCAGGCUCAACCAGUUCAGAGGGCUCUACAAGUAUACUAGAGUCAAGCACCAUGACCGAACAACGAACUGUAUCAAGAAGCAUUGCUAGCCUAGAGACCCCCUCAGCCAGCUCUGAAGUUUCCACAGGUGUUUUGCCAAUCACAACAACCAAGGGAGGUAGUGAUGCCCAAACCACAUCAGACACUGUCAAUCCUACCAAUCUGGAAGUCAUUGGAAGCUUCACAUUUCUCGGGUGUUUUGGCUCACCUGAUGGUUACCCUUCUUUCGACUUGAUAGCCACCUCGGACGAUAUGACGCCCUCCAAUUCAUGCUACGCUUCGGAUUCAUUAGAAUCUACGAAUCUGGUUGGCGAGGGCCAAUGUGAUACUCCCUGCCCCAAUGCCCCUCUACUAUUCUGUGGCGGACUGAUCGGAGCUGGCGGAACAUCAAUCAGACACAGAAGGAGUUAUCGUCGUGAUGCACCUAGCAAUGUGCUGCUCACGUUAUAUGGAGCUACAGAUACCGGAGACACAUCAAGCAAUGCUUUGAUCACCGGAACUUCUACCGCGCCAUCAAUUUCUGAGACAAUUGGAGAGGCAUCUGUAUCAACAGAAGAUGCAACAGUGAUAGGUUCAAUCACAUCCGACUCCGCCCCUGGUGUUGUUACCCAACCAACUGCAUCCUCUUUCGAGCUACCUAUCACUUCUGGUCAUGCAAUCCCUUUUCCACCAAACAGACCCGUGCCAACCAGUGGCUGGCUAGGCAAGAACAAUAUGACCCAGGUCGUUGAUCCUGUUAUCACUGUGUCAACAAUCACAUACACCGUUGUUGAUCCCAACAAUCCAUCAACAUUCAAGGUCGAGGAGUAUUGCUCAACUAUUCAGUAUUAUCCCUGCCGCCGCUGCGAGAAGCAGGAUAUACCUGAAGUGCAUAUGACCACCAUCCAAAGACAAUGCAAUGCAUGUGGUUUGAACGGCGAGAACUCUGUAUACCUUACGGUUCCAGCCGCGGUUGCAGCCCCAUCCGCUACUGACAGGUUUAAGCACCCUGGUUACCCACCUCAGCAUGGUUCAGAACCUUUUGUAGCCAGCCCAAUCGAGACAGGCAUCCGUCACCCCAAACCCGUUAUCCAAGCCAAACCCACCAAAGCGCACCAUAACCCCAUCCCACCAAUAUCGGAGGAGGAGGAUUCCCCUGAUGUACCUGUCCGUCUCAAUGACAACGAACCACAAGGUCACCCACAAGACGAUUUUCCCAAGAAACCCCAAGUCGAAGCACCAAAAGCCCCCGUCAACGAGCCUAAGCCCGUUGACCAAGCCCACCCAACAUCGCAGUUCGUCGGAGGAUAUGAGAUCAAGACAACAACAUUGCCAACGUGGCAUGUUCCCUCUGAAGUUCCCGUCAUAGUUUCGACAGCCACAUCGUCUUUACCAAUCUUUGGAAUGAUUUUCUUUGUCUUUGCUUUAGCAUCGAUGCUUAACAGUGUUUAA